CAAACUAUUUUUAUCGAUUCUUUACUCUCUCUCUCUCUCUUUCUCUCCCCCUUUCCUUUUUCCUAUUCCCUAAUAGCCCUCCCGACGACGAACUGGAAAUCGCACGAGAGCUUGCCGCCGGAGAAGCCAUAGACAUUCAAUAAAUUCGAAACGCAAUACUGAGUUGAAGGAAAGCUUUCUAGGUUCAUUCAUGGGGAAAAGAAAGAAAAAGUCCAAGCCUCCUCCCAAGAAAAAGAUGAAGCCGCUUGAUAAAACAUUUUUCUGUCCAUUCUGCAACCAUCCAGACUGUGUUGAGUGUUUAAUAGACAUAAAAAAUUUGACUGCUACAGCCAAAUGUUGGGUUUGUCUGGAGGAAUUUAAUACUACUGCGAAUGUGCUAACUGAACCGGUUGACGUAUACAGUGAAUGGAUAGAUGAAUGUGAACGGGUUAACAACGUUGGUAACGAUGAAGAUAAUUGAGGAUUUAGAAGCUUACUGAUAUUAUUCCACAAAUUCCCAUUGUAUAUAAUGAUAUAAAGUGAUCAUUUGACCUUAGCAUAGUUUUUUUUUUUUUUGAAGCUGAAGCAUAAUUUGAACUUCUCUAUGAAUUAUUUUGAAUUCUAUAAUCUGCAUUAUUAUU